AUGCUUAAGCUUCUCUUCUUGGUUGUGGCACUCACCUACAACGGCAGCGCGGCGUUGUUUGAUCAGGAGCUCCGCUCGCUGACGGCGCGGCCGAACAAUGAUCCAUGUCGAGGCACGGCGGGCGCUAGAGGGGCACGUCCCGGAAGCCCCGGCCGCCGCUGCUGCUACGUUGUCGGCGUCACCGGUGGAGGGCCGCUGCUUGGGCCGCUUGCUCUGAAGGGGGAACUGCUGCGGCCGCGGCCACGCGCCGCCAACACGCGUGUCGCUGCCGAUCGAACGAGGAGGAGAUUGCGCUCGCUGAGGAGGAGGAGGCUGAGUGCGGCGCACCCGGGCUGCAGGUCGAACCGACCGCGACGUGACGACGGUGAGGGAUUGUUGUGGUCGUCUUCGUCGUCGUGGACCGCGUUGUCUUCCUCGCGAGGUCUGCGGGCGGGCACGGCGGCGCGAUCGUCACGUUUCAACGGUAGCAGCCGUAGGCUUGCGGGGCGGGAUGGCGACGCCGGCGACAACCCGGACCUUGUUGAACAAUCAGAAGACGAGGCCGCAGCGGCGGCGGCGGAGGAGGAGGGUUCAGCGGGAGGGUGGCAAGGGUGGGUGAACGGGGCGGUCGCCAAGGUGAAGGAAGCGCUGCCGGAGCCGAGCGAGGCGAAGAAGAUCCUCCCGCUGGGAUUGAUGCUGUUCUUCAUCCUCUUCGACUACACCAUCCUCAGAGACACAAAGGACGUGCUGGUGGUGACGGCUCCGAGCAGCGGCGCCGAGGUGAUCCCGUUCCUCAAGACGUACGUCAACCUUCCCGGCGCCGUGGCCUUCACGGUCCUGUACUCGAAGCUCUGCAACGCCGCCGAGCAGGAGCGGGUGUUCUACACGGUGAUCGGCUUCUUCCUGUCCUUCUUCGCCGUCUUCGCGGCCUUCCUCUACCCGAAUCGGGACGUCUUGAGCACCGCCGUCCUGGCGGACUCUAUGCAGGCGUUCCUCCCCCAGGGUCUGUCGGCGCUCUCCAGCAUCGUCAGGAACUGGACUUUCUCGCUGUUCUACCUCAUGUCGGAGCUGUGGGGGUCCGUGGUCGUCAGCGUCUUGUUUUGGGGAUUCGCAAACGAAAUCGUGUCCGUAUCGGAGGCGAAGCGAUUCUACCCUCUCUUCGGCUUGGGCGCCAACGUAGCCCUCGUCUUCUCCGGGCAGUACGUGAGGCUGGUGUCCUCGAUCCGGCAGUCCCUUCCCCCAGACGUGGACAAAUGGGGGGUGUCUCUGCAGCUGCUCAUGGGCGCGGUCGUCACGGGCGGGCUGGUCGUGGCCGGGUGCUACCGGUGGAUGCAGGAAAACGUUAUUACGGACCCGGAGUGUGUCGAUGCUGCCAGCGCCGCCUGCAUGAAGGAGACGACCAGCCUGACCCUCAGGGAGAGCGCCGCCUUCCUUGGGUCCAACGACUACCUUCGUGACGUCGCUAUCCUUGUCAUCGCCUACGGCACCAGCAUCAACAUCGUUGAAGUCACGUGGAAGGCGAAGCUGAAAAUGGCUUACCCUGACCCUAACGACUACUCCGCUUUCAUGGGCAACUUCUCGAGCACCACCGGCCUGGUAACGCUGGGUAUGAUGCUCCUGGGCGGGCAGGUGUUCAAGAACUACGGGUGGGGCACGGCAGCGAAGGCGACGCCGGUAGUGCUUCUUGUAACCGGGGUUGGUUUCUUCUCGCUAUCUAUCUUCGGGGAUGCAUCACCGGUGCAGGAGAUGCUGGGGGCUUUGAGCACAAACCCUCUAACCCUGGCGGUGCUGGCGGGCGCGGCCCAGAACGUGCUGUCCAAGUCUUGCAAGUACUCGCUCUUCGACCCCUGCAAAGAAAUGGCUUACAUUCCCCUGUCCCAGGAGGAGAAGCGUAAGGGCAAGGCUGCCGUCGACGUAGUAGGAAACCCUCUCGGCAAAUCCACAGGCUCAUUCGUCCAGCAGGGACUCUUCCUUGCGACGGGGUCCCUCCAGGCCUCCACCCCCUACCUGGGGGGGGUAUUGCUCGCCGUGAUCACCACGUGGCUCUUCGCAGCGGACUCGCUCUCCAAGAAGUUCGAGGCAGCGAUGGGACUGGUGGGCGAUACGACGGCGCCGCCGGCAUUGGCAUCGGCAUCGGAAGGACCACGAUCACCACCACCGCCUGCUGCCGCAGCAGCAGCAACAGCAACAACAAUGCCAAGGGUUACCACCGACGCACAGGCGGCAGGGACAGCAGCGGCAGCGGGUCAGGAGUUGGCGGAAGAGAAGGAGGCGGCAGCGGGGCAUGGGCUGGGGCGAUAAGGACGCGAAGCCGAGGCCAAGGCUGCACAACUGGUGGGUUAGUCCACUGCAGCGGCACCGGGUGCGCGUACUGUACGGUGAAAGGCGAGGAAGGCCGGGUUUGUAAACCCUUUGGUGGCAACGACGAAGUGCAUGCGGUUUUGGUGGCGGCGGCGGCGGCGGUGUGUUGUUGGUGCGGAUUUGUUCUCCCACACACCGCUCAAUAACACCGUCCGUGACAGGUCGGGGAGCAGGUGGACCUGGACAGCGGGAAGAUGUGAGAAGAAUGGGCACGAAGGCGCGACAGACACUGGAAGGGACGGGAGAAAAAGAAAGGAUGAGGGGGGGGGGCGAAAGGAGAGAAAGGAAACAAGACGUUUGAUAGAUGGCAUGCGAGCCUCGCGGAUGUUGAUCUCACCAGAUAGAUUUGGAGAGGAAGGGGAAAGAUGAUGAGGGUGAAGGCGGAGGACUAGAGGACUAGAAGGGCCGGAGGGAGUGAUGGUGAGAUUUAACCAACCACGUGCAGGCAGAGGCGCGUCUCCUUACGCCUCGUGUGACGCUUUGUGUGAGAAAACAUAGUACUUGCACUUUGGUGCGGACCACCAGUGCGCCGCCCCUCCUUCCCCCUGCUGUGGAUUGUCCGUAGCGUGUCACAUCCUCCAAGUCGGAUGCCGUACUGCUGUGUAUCUUCCUCUCAACAGUCCAGUUAACAGAAGCUAUGAUGACCUUUGGCCUUUUUUUCUUGUCUGAGCUCUGAAAGCAUGGUGUAUUCUUUGACUGAUUUCCCGGAUGAACAAGGGGUAGGCGUCGCGUUGACGCUUGUCUGCUCGGUGACCUUAGGUGUCGACGUUGGUGGUAUACGAUGUGUGUUAACUAGAGUAGCAGCGUUGUCAACUUGUUUUAGCUGCAAGCUAUGUAUUUGGAGCGAGACGCGGGCGGAAGGGUGUGGCCUUAAGGCGCUUUGCAGACACCCCGAGACGCCCGACGGACAUGAUCACAAGUAUUCCAAUACAUGGAGUGCACAGACGAAAAAGAGUGCGGUGUCGAGCUUACCGCCCGAAAGAUAACACAGAGCGAGAAAUCGCACCAUUGACAUAGACAGAGCGGGAGACGCACCGUAGAUAACGCUGCAGCGGUGACGCUUUUCCGUCCAUAGACAACAAAAUUCGACUAACAGAGCGGGGUAGAGGCAUGGGUCUGUCUGCGGAGGCUGUGCGUGAGGGGUGUAGUGUUAGUGGUGCGGGCCGUAUUUGUUUGUUGUGUGUGUAUCAUGUUUUCCGUCAUUGACGUCGUAGACUUAUGAGGGUGUGACGAGGUUGCAAGACCGACUGUAUGUGAUAAUUUCAUGCGCCCGUUCAAUGUCCGCCCUGCUUUCGGUGACUGUGUAAACCGUGUGUUUCAAAACCCCGAGUGCUUCAUAGACGCCCAGGAUGUGAGCCGCCCGCAGGCAAUCCCUAGACUACAAUGCGUACGAGAGGGAUCCGGAAUAACGAGUAGCAAGCAUCCUGGCUUGUUUCUUCUUCUCAAGUCCAGUGAGAUAAGCGAUUACGCUUUUAGUGUUCUUAGAUUGAUGACCCCGGAUGCGCAAAAGGUGGGUGUCGCGGUUACGCUUGUCAGUGUCUGAUUGGUGGGCAUAGGAUUCAAACUUCUUGGUUUGGAAAUUAAUUAGUAGAUACGCGUCGUCACAGUAGCAGACCUUGGAUAGACAUCCUUUGUAGAUAUCGAUGCGCCCUGAUUUCCAAUGUUUCGAGAGCAUUCGUGACAUGGCGCAGUCCGGCAAUUUGCGGAGGGAGUUGCGAUGCGUCUUGCACAAUAUGCCGCCAAGAGCCCCCACUGCCCAUCGAUCACCUCGUCCGUAAU